CAGCGGAGGCAAAUGCAAAACAUUGCUUCAUGCUGUAUAGUCAGCUGCCACAUAGAGUGUGGAAGUUUGAUGAAAACGUAUAUAAAACAAUAACUAACCUAACCACUACGGUGUUCUGUAUCCGACAGGGUAUUCGUACUUUUUGUUUCCGCUGUAAACAACCUGUGUUGGAGUUAUUCGUUAUUUUAAACGUUUUAUUUCUACGGGUGAAACAGGACAUCCGAAGAUAUGAAAACAUAUCGUGUGCAAUUCGAUCACAACUUGUGUCUUCUGCAGCUAAAGUAUCAGUGACUCUCUGUGAAAUCAUUGGGGUUCGACGAUAAGAACCCGUACGCAAGCGCCAAGAAACUUCAGCAUCGGGAGUCACAUCGCUGGGCAAAUGAUGCAGAGGAGACAGGGAUGAAAAACGGGUGAAGACAGGGGAUUAAAAAUCUACCACAAUCUGCAUUAGAAAUGUAAAUAUUUCUAACAACUGCUUCCAUGGUGAUUCAUGAUCCCAAGAAGAAAACUCUCCCUAAUAAGCUUGGUCGACAAAAGCGGAACGACGCGCUCAAGUCACUAUGCGCUAGAUAGCGCUGAGCAUGUCAUUUUCAAAUUUUAACAAGUCUUUUUUAUGACUGAAUAUUUAUUAGUCUACACAUUGCUGCGUUUUCAUUAACAUUCGGUAUUCAGCAAUGGGCACAUUUUGCUGAGGGGUGUUCACUUUGGAUGAGAGAAACGGCAUGACUUUUGGAAUUUAAUAAGCUAUCAUUUGGAUGGUCAGUGGACAUUAGUAAACAUCUGUCCAUCAGUUUUGAUGCAUCCAAGUCUAUGAUUCGCCUCCCUUUUUGAGUGAUCCAUUAACACUAAGUCUAAAUAUAUUUUUAUUAAAGGAGAAAAGAAACAUGUUGCAUCUCCGUGCGCUACAAUCAAUCAUGGUACUUCUAGGGGUAGCAGACUGUCGAGUCUUGGAGGGAUUGCAGAGGUUUUCAUCCAUCCCCACCUACUUGCCUGUCAACUACCAAGUGAUCAACGCAGAGUCUGCUUUCUUCCUGAGAGAGGCCAACCAGGAGUUCAUGAGGAACUCCAGCCUGCUGUCUCGGACAGAGCCCUUCUUCAUCUACCAGGCCCGCAGCAUGCCCUCAGUAAACGCCAGCUAUGGCCCCCUCUCUGUGGAGCAGCCUGUCACCCUGGAGCUCAUCCAGAACCCUUGGGCCUUCGUGGCCUCCUCCAUGUUCACCUUCAACUGGAAGGUGCAGACAUUCAUCAUCCAGGACAGGAUCUACCUGUCCAACCCCAGGGUCCAGGUGCUGUUCUACGUGGCGGGCAGGGACUGGGAUGACUACAGCGCCAUCGACAAGCUGCCCUGCGUACGCAUGUUUGCCUUCCACGAGACCCAGGAGGUGCGUGGCACAUGCCAGCUGAAGGGGGAGCUGGGGCUGUGUGUGGCUGAGCUGGAGCCCCUGGCCGGCUGGUUCAGCCCCCCCAGCGUGGUGCCUGGGCGCCAGAGGACCAUAGAGCUGGCCGAGGGGACCACAGUGGAGCUCUACUACAUGUUACAAUCAACAGAGGCAGGGGAAUGCCACUCGGAGGAGGCCCGAAAAGGCAAUUCCAUCCGCUCGGAUCAGGAGGGUCUGUUUGGCUCGUCCACCUCCACCCCAAUGAAGAGGAUUGGCAGUGUGCGUCUGUACCAGAGCCCUGCCGCCCUGGCCUUGACAGAACACAGGCUGGAUAGUAACUUCCUGGUCAUGGUGCCGACCACGCCCAUGAGGCAGAGGGACACUGUCUCCGCCUUCAUCACUGCCUCGGCCUUCUCUCCUGUGGAAAUGUUCACCCUAAGGGUCAAAUUGAAAGAGGGUAUGGCGUUUCUGGGUGCCCGGCCCAGCAACCCCACCCUGUGGAUGGUGAGCCAGGAUGUGAGGAGCGAGGGGCACAGGGUGGUCACCCUCCAUUGCCGCAGGAAAGAGUCCAGCUACGGACAAAGGUCUGAGGAGGGUGUGCAGAGGGUCCUACAGGUGGACCUGGAAGUGGACAGCUUCCUGGGUCCACUGGGCAGCCGCUGGAUCACGUGGCAGGUGGAGUACCCGGGCAGCCAUGCCACCAUGCAGGAGGCAGAGACGGAGAUCCGACUGGCCCAGAAGGACCUGGGGGGCAUUGUGCCCCUUGCCAUGGACACGGAGAUCCUGAAUACGGCAGUGCUGACAGGGAAGACUGUGGCUGUCCCAGUUAAGGUGGUGACCAUCGGAGCGGACGGCAUGGUCACUGACGUCUCAGAGGCAGUGGACUGUCAUUCCACAGAUGAAGAUGUGGUCAAGGUGUCAGACAGGUGUGACUACGUGUUUGUGAAUGGGAAGGAGAUGAAGGGCAAGGUGAGGAUGAUGGUGAACUUCACCUACAGCUACCUGAGUGCCCAGCUGGAGAUGAAUGUAUGGAUCCCACGGCUGCCCCUCCAGAUCGAGGUUUCUGACACAGAGCUCAGCCAGAUCAAGGGAUGGAGGGUGCCCAUCAUGACCAGCAGCCAAAGGUCUGCACUGGACAGUGAUGAUGAGGAUGAUGAAGACCGGAGAGGAAGGAGCUGCACGUUACAGUACCAGAAUGCCAUGGUUCGAGUGUUGACACACUUCGUGGCCGAAGCUGCCGACCCCCGUGGUCAGCUGACCUUCAUGCUGGGCAGUGAUUGGCAGAUGGACAUCACUGGGCUGGUGUGGGACUUCCUGAAGGUGGAGGACCCCCAGAUAGCUCAGCUACAGGACGGGUGCAUACUCGUGGGACUGGACAUGGGGAUGACCACCAUCCAGGUCCUGUCCCCCCUGUCUGACUCCAUCCUGGCAGAGAAGACGGUGACAGUAGUGAAUAACAAAGUAACCAUCACAGAGCUGGGGGUGCAGCUGGUCACCGGCCUGGCUCUGAACCUGCAGCUCAGCCCAGGGAGCAACAGGGCAAUCCUCGCCACGGCAACCACACAGGAAGUGCUGCAGAGCCCAAAACAGGAGGCCCUGAUUAGCGCGUGGCUACACUUCAGUGAUGGCUCCAUGGCUCCUCUGGACCUGUACAACUCAGACUACUUUGUCCUGACGGCCACGUCUCUGGAUGAGGAGGUGGUGACGGUGCAGCAGGACCCCUCCUGGAAGUGGCCUGUGAUCGUGACUGAGGCUGAGGGCCAGGGCCUGCUGGUCAGGGUGGAGAUGACCGUCUGUGAGCUCUGCCAGAAGUUCAAGCGGCGCAGCGUUUUGGCUGCAGGGAACUGCAACGUCAAGGUGAAGUUUGGCCAGAGCGACAGUGGCACCUCCAGAAACAGUGACUACGGGCCAGAGGGCGAGGAGCUGGAGAACAGGGCCAGCGACCGCAGACAGCAGUCCCCCUCCCAGGACAGGACUGGAUUAGAAGCCCACUACUACGGCAGCUCCAUCUCUGACAUGGAGGACGGUGUCAUGAGGAAGGUCACCACCACCACCACUAAGAGUACCAUCAUCAGGAGGCCCAACGGAGACAAGCUGUCAGAUGAUGGGAACCAGGUCCAGAACAUGCCAGACUUCCCUGCCCAGGUGGACCUCCCUCGCAGCCACAACAUGGAGGAUGAUCUGAUCCAGACAGCCCGGGGCCUCACUGACCUGGAGAUCGGCAUGUACGCCCUGCUGGGGGUCUUCUGCCUGGCCAUCCUGGUCUUCCUCAUCAACUGCAUCUCCUACACCCUCAAGUACCGCCACAAGGAGCUGUCCAUCGAGGGCCAGGAGAGCAUGAACCACGCCCACGACUGGGUGUGGCUGGGGAACGAGGCAGAGCUGCUGGAGAGCCACAUGAGCCUGUCCCCACAGCAGGACGAGCUCACCUCCAUGGUGGACUGCAGUGCCGGGCUGGAAGAGGGCAGCCACCUGCUCAAUGGUGCCUCUUCCCAGAAGAACGUGCAGGGCCAGGUGCACCGGGCAGCAGACAGGGUGAGCUGCACAGCCAAGGACAGCAAAGGAGACUCGCCUACCACAAAGAGGAAGCGUGUGAAGUUCACCACGUUCACCACCAUCCCGCCAGACAAUGGCUGCCCCACUGUCAGCACACUGAGUAUGAGCCACAGCCAGGACAUUAAGUGGGUGUGCCAAGAUGUAGAGCAGGGGGACUCCAAGGAGCUUCGGAAAUACAUGGAGAGGUUAAAUGACAGUGCUUUAAAAGAGGUGGCAUAAUCUGUGUGCUCAGUGCACUUAUAACUCACCCUUAUGCCUUUCACAGUGAGCUGGGCCUGGACAGCACCUAAUGCUGAACCUAGAAGAGGUUGAAAUCUGGAAGCAACAUUUUUGUGAAUCACAUGGGACUGCCAAAGGGAAAAUGAAUUCAAGAGGACAAAAAUAGUAAUGAUACCACACAGGACUAAUGGCAAAUCGUUAACUUGAAAAGAAACAUAUCAUUUUUUAAUAAUUUGUUUCUCUCUGAAUAUCUUCCUACCGUUUAAUCAUUAUUUCGUGAUGGUUCUUUUGUAGGUAGACUCAAGCCAUGUUCCCAGACUAGCUCUGCAUUACUGACAAAAAAACAAAAUGUUACGCAGAUGAUGACAUGUAGAUUUAAGAAUGUAAAUUAGCAAAUAUUCAAGAUGUAUAUAAAGUACUCAUUGAAAGGUUUUGGAAGUUUUGUAGCAUUUUGAAUAUUGAUUUCCUAUUCCACAUCCUGUCUUUUUUUUGGACAAAUGUCUGGGCCCAAAGGAUAGACCAGAGCCUACAGAACGUCCUGCAUGUGGUUUGAAAUAAAGGCACACAUUUUAGGUUCAUCUUUACCAGAAGGGACAGAGAAACGGCUAUGUAUAUACUGAAAAGUCCUCCUACAAGGCAUUGUAUUGUUGCUCUGUAUAUUGUAUUUUCAUAACUGUCAUUUAAAGAACAUACAACAGUG